AUGUGGCGUCUUGUUGAUUGGGACACACAACUUCCGCUCUGGUUCAGCGAUGGGCAGCCUAUCGACACCCAGAGGCCUAUCAGUGACCUUGGAACGCGCGGAGGCCUAUCCCCUCGGUUGAUCGUGGGCAAUUUGGGGUUCCUUGAUCUGACUGAGCUACAUUUAGGCACGACAACAGCACUGGAUGCCAACGGUUCAAUGUUGAGACUAAUACCAGGCCUUGGCAGGUCUUGCCAUCCAGAUGACGGAUAUUAUAGCACGGAAACACGUCUUGAGUUAUCCCUUCAGAUAGAGGAAGAUGGUGGUUUUACCUUGAGCGUAAUUCAACCAGAAGACAACGAAUCAGCAAGCGAUGGAGAAGGGUACAUAUAUGUCCACACACCAAGCCCCAGCGUCUCAGGAAAGCUCAGGCCAAUUCCAGCGAUAUUACAAGAUGAUAUUUCUUUCAUUAAGAGCAUGAUGGAAAAGAAGCACGUGCCGUACCAGAAUGUGCCCGGUCCGUAUGGAAAGUCGAUUGAAGAGAUAGAAGUACUCAGCAAAAUGUUCUUUCCCUUUUCUAGUUAUAAUCUCGAGCUUGCGGUAUGCGUAUACGAUUGGACGACUGGGUCAUUUGCUCGCAACGUUUUUUUUAAAAUCUUUGAAUACACUGGCAUCCCAGAAACACCAUUCCCGCUCGACCUACCUAGUAUAGCUGAGCAGAUCUAUACGAGCAAUUGGGGCACAUAUACACCAGAAGACAAGGACUACAUGAGCUCUUUCAUGAUGAAGCCAGCUGAGUCGUUGUCUGAUGUGCAGAAGCAGCUUGCAAAUGUCUCUACCAAGCUUCACAAAUUAAGCACUAUUGAAAACCGUGUAAUGUCUGCGGCCGUCCAGGCGCUCCCACGCACAUCUAUUGUUUCAACGCCGCAGCUAUAUAGUGGCCAGGUAGAUAUGCGUCAACUCGGGCUUGAUCAUUUUGGAAUUGAAUUUCUCGAGUGUCAUCUCAAUCAAGGCCCUGUAGGGGACCCGCUUAAGAUUCCGUUCGCGAGAUUCAUGGAAAGCUACGUCACUAGUGGGAAAACCUUAACAACAAAAGCCUUCUGGAGCUCUACAAACACAAUGGACCUCGCUUUGAAGUUCUCUAACGGAAUUUUAUUGAUUUUCAACCCGCCUCCAGGCUCUUGGGUAUGGGACCGAGUGACUCUAAUAACUCCUUUGUCCGCAAAUGAGGCGGUGAUGGAAUACACAUUCCUCCCAGGAACGCAAUUCAACGUGCAGUCGGUUGAUUGUACCAAGAUAAAGAACAAAGAGGUUGUGGUAAUUACCCUGCAGCUAGCGCACAAUAGAAGCGGUGCGUAA